AUCAUAUUUCCUCAACUAGCUGAAAGUACCAGUAAGGUUGAAUUUGGGAAGGUUGUGUACUAAUAGCGUGUGAAAUAUAUGGUCCCCGCCAACUGUAACUUGCUAACUACACAAUUAAAAGGAUUUAAAUUGAUUUCCAAUUGUAUGACUUGGAUAUCUGUACAUACUUUUGUAGGGGGCAAAUCCGUUCACCAAGCGGAGAGGCGCGCAUCACCGCCAUCAGUUUUUGCGACAAAGGAAUACCGCGAAGCCUCUGCGGAGCGAAUGAGUCAAAGAAGAACGUUGCUUUGUGCUAUGGUCUCAGCUGAAAUUGUACUUCUGUAACUUUACUGGGCGGACAGGAUCAUAACUUGGUCUAUAGCAAGCUGUCUAAAUCAGUUUAAACCCAUUGCUACUAUAAAAUCACGCAUAGGUUUGUUUUUGUUACGAAUUGCGGUACUAAACGUUUGGUGAUUUGCUAGCUUGUUUUGCUACCUAGUUAGCUACCUAACGUUAUCCCGUGAAAUUGAAUGGAGCUGGGUCCGCAGCUCAGCAAAAACAAAUUGUACGACGUCGUUAGAGAUUUUAAGUUGUACAGUCAGAAUAUUGCCUUUCUGGGGCCGCGGGUGUUCACUAUUACCAAGCUUGUUAGCUAGCUGUCUUAGCUAAGUAACUAGCGGUAUGAAUCACUGCCAUGCUGGUUUUGUUUAACUAUGUUAGCUAGCUUGUUCAAAAUAAAACAGCUCGUUAGCCUUUUAUUUUCUUUGAUUACUUGCUAGCGUUAGCUAUUAUGUGUAUGGUUGUUAUAGCUAAGUAAAAGCUCAAUUUAGUAAUAGCAACGAGCUGGUAAGCUGUAUGCAGUUGGAGAAAUAUAUAAUUUUCGUUUACAAUAAUUAGUUAUAGUCGGUUUGGUUAUUGAGCGUCGCAGCUAUGUCACUCCACGGCAAGCGAAAAGAGAUCUAUAAAUACGAGGCGCCAUGGACUGUGUAUGCGAUGAACUGGAGUGUUCGGCCCGACAAACGCUUCCGCCUGGCGCUAGGCAGCUUUGUGGAAGAGUACAAUAAUAAGGUGCAGCUAGUGGGUCUGGAGGAGGAGAGCUCAGAAUUUGUCUGCAGGAACACCUUUGACCAUCCUUACCCCACAACUAAAAUCAUGUGGAUCCCUGACACAAAAGGGGUAUACCCUGACCUCCUGGCCACCAGCGGAGACUACCUGCGUAUCUGGAGGGUCAGUGAUACUGAGACCCGUCUGGAGUGCCUGCUCAACAACAACAAGAACUCCGACUUCUGCGCCCCGCUCACGUCCUUCGACUGGAACGAGGUGGACCCCAACCUGCUAGGCACCUCCAGCAUCGACACCACCUGUACCAUCUGGGGUUUAGAAACCGGUCAGGUUUUGGGCCGGGUCAACCUUGUGUCGGGCCACGUGAAGACCCAGCUCAUCGCCCAUGACAAGGAGGUGUACGACAUUGCGUUCAGCCGGGCGGGCGGCGGCCGGGACAUGUUCGCGUCGGUGGGGGCCGAUGGCUCGGUGCGCAUGUUCGACCUGAGGCACCUGGAGCACAGCACCAUCAUCUACGAGGACCCCCAACACCACCCCCUCCUGCGGCUGUGCUGGAACAAGCAGGACCCCAACUACCUGGCCACCAUGGCCAUGGACGGCAUGGAGGUGGUGAUCCUGGACGUGCGUGUGCCCUGCACGCCGGUCGCCAGGCUCAACAACCACCGCGCCUGCGUCAACGGCAUCGCCUGGGCGCCCCACUCUUCCUGCCACAUCUGUACCGCAGCGGACGACCACCAGGCCCUGAUCUGGGACAUCCAGCAGAUGCCGCGGGCCAUCGAGGACCCCAUCCUGGCCUACACGGCCGAGGGGGAGAUCAACAACGUGCAGUGGGCCUCCACGCAGCCCGACUGGAUCGCCAUCUGCUACAACAACUGCCUGGAGAUCCUGAGGGUGUAGCUUCCAGGCGACGGGAGAACAGGGAAGGGGGGGCAUGGGUGGGGUCGGGACGGGGUGGGGAAAGGUGGAUGAAGGCAGUUGAGGCCAGGACAAAGACAACGGAUAAAUGUGUGAGAGGAAAAAGGGCAAAAAGACUCUUAUCACCCGUUUCUCAGCGCUCACUGGUGAGAGCGGGAUCAUAAUUUUAGGUGCUGGUGUUGGCGUCACACAGGAUGUACUGGCUCAGUCAUAAUGGUGCGUGGAAGGUUUUAUUGCUGUUGUUGUGAAUGUGAAUUUCAUAUAUGCAUUUGAGAGUGACUGAAAGGGGGUCUACAGGCUAUUUGCGGGGUUCUCAGUACUUGAGAGCUGCCGCUGAAGGACGACUCACGUUACUGUUGCGGCUCGUCUCUCAGCCUUGGAUUCCCUGCAUAGGAGCUUUUAUACGUCAGCACCGUUUUGUAACUAUGAAGUCGGAUCUUCCCUAGAAAAUUUUAUACUCCACACUGAUCACGUGCAGCUGGAGAGAUUUAGAUGUUACUCCCUUUAAUCUCACGGAUCUGAUGUCUGUGGACAGUUUAUGUGGAUUAGACAAAAGAGAAUAAAAUUACAGAGCAAGUCAGUUCUACCUAUGUGUGUAAUCGCAUAGUUCCACAUGUAGUAAACUGUGAUACGUAGCUAGUCAUUUUCUUUUAUUUAUGUUGAGUUAAUGUGUGUGACACAUUCUGUCAAAAUGCUGGGGGGUGGGGGGUGGGGUUCAAAAGGAUAAAACUGGGCUCUCAUUCCAUAGAAAACUGAUGGUAUGUGAAGGCAAGCAACUAAGGAUGCAGUUUUUGGUAAACAUGUUGGUGGGGGCUAGAAUUGACAAUGGCUACUAAAGAAAGAGUGGAAGUCUGACUGCUUUGUGAGUUGAUACGUGUAUUUUUGAGUGGCAUUUCAGUCAGGUGUUAGCUAGAUCGCUGAGGCUAGAUCGUUAGCCUUCUAAUUAAACAGUUUUCUUGGAACUAAUAAGUUGGACAUUUUUGGGUGAGACAACUUUAAUGAAAACUGGAAGCACACUGUGUCAGAAGUGUUCACAGUGUGAGCGGAGCCACAUACAUCCCCACUGCCCUGUCACUCGGCCCUACUUCCCAGGCUCCCUGGGGGGAGGGGCUGAAGAGGGGGGUUUUGACCAGUAGGAGGUGUGGACUGGAGAGGGUGUGGCAUCGCCGACGGUGAGCGGAGGAAUGGAGUCCAGUAUGCGUGACGUCUGAUGAAGCCUGGCGUCCUUCUCGCUCGCCACCAUGAAGGAGAGGACACAGCACUAAGACCUAGAUGGGCCGGAGUUUAAAAUGGCGGUCUAAGGGGGGCUUUACGCUGGACACAUGGACCAUGAAAGGGGUCCCCUUAGCCCCGCCUGUGACAAGUGCUGCAAAUCACAUACUUUUCCUUUUGUUUUUCCUUGGUGUUGUGUCCUCACCCGUCUUGUGCUCAAUAUUUAAAGGUGAACAAUUUAGCAUGUUUGUAGUGGGAAAUAAAUAUAUAUAUAAAUAUAAAUUCUCUUUCUCUUUUUCCUGAAAUCUCGAUAGACAUAUUUGGGCAGUCCAUGUUAUUUUUUUUCCCUAUAUAACCCUUUUUGUCAUCGUGUGUAGAAUAUUAUUACUUACUGUGUAUAAGCUUGUAGCCCUGCAUGGCUGUGGAACUCGGCAGGGAGAAAGCUGACUGCAGAACAGGUUAUUAUUGGCACACUAUUGUAAAUGUGCAGUUGCAAAGUAUUUGUUUCUUGUGAGGUGGAAGUUAAACUUUGCAGUCUGGUACAGUGGUCACAGCAAAAAAAAAACUGCAGUACCAUUUCACAAGGUGCUCGUGGCCUGGUCGUACUUCUGAGGAAGAGGACAGCUGAAAUCGUUCCAUUCUUGGAUUAAUCUGACCUACUCUGAAGGUUAAAUGUGCAAUAAGGCACAGUCUACCCUGGGUUUUUUUUUUGGCCCUUCAGUACUUCAGACCCCAAAAUUAAAGGACACUGUAUCCUAAGGCCCUAGUUUAGUUCCUUGGGGUUUGAACAGUCCUGUGGUCCUAUUUGAUCUACAGCACCUAUCUCAGCUCCCAGUCUUUGCUCCUCACCACCAUCUCUGUCCCAUUUGUGAGUUCUCUGCAGCAGUGUGAUUUAAUAACUUGUGACAACUAUUUACUAUGACAAAUAAAUGACAUUUUUUUCUUACGUAA